UCGCAACCUCACAUUCCUCCCGUUUCUUUCGCUCUCCUUGUCCGAAGACAACCAAAACUCAACGCCUGCGAAUCCAAACACCUUCCUCUUCUCUCACUAUUCCAUUGUCCUAACGAAAAAUUCUCAACAAUCCCAAAAUAGCUAACUAUACUAUACCUAUGACCACCCCAAAUCACUCUAAGCUCUCAGACUUCACCGUUCAAUCCAACGCUACUGGUAGAGAAUCCCUCAACGACGGCGACGAAGCUGUCCUUUAAGAUCGAUCCGAAUGGAAUCCAUCAUGGUUAUAAUCUUCUCGCCCGGUUCCUAGAAGCCGACAUAGCUCUCCGAGGCCUUCAGUUCGCACUACUCGGUUUUCUCAGAGGUUGGGUGUUUCUGUUUCUUCAUCUUCUUCGUUGUGGUCUUGGUUGGGUUUUGUAAUGGAUUCGAAGCAACAGCAGAGGGUGAGGAAGAAAAGGGGUUGGCAUAGGAAUGCAGUAACGGUAGGGGUGGUGGUUUUGGUGGGUUGUUUCUUCUUGAUGAAUUGGUGGAUGCUUUUUCGGAUCCAAGAGCCGGGUCGUAGUAGAGGACUCAAGUACAGGUUCUUGAGAACUAAUUCGACAACCAUACACAUUCGGGAAGAACUGAGAAAGCUUGGUAAGGGGAAAAGGCUGCACAAAACUAUUUAUGCAAGGCUGUUAGCUAAGGCUGCGCAUGCCUUAGCAGAGGGACAGAACAAGCCAGAGCCCAAGGACCUGUGGGAGGAACCCUACAUGAUUGCUGCUUCAUCAUGGAAACCUUAUGCCCAACACCGCAACUGGGAACCUAGUGAGGAAAAUAAGGGUUACAUUAUGGUUAGCGCAAAUGGUGGGAUCAACCAGCAGCGAGUAGCUGUCUGCAAUGCUGUUGCUGUUGCUAGAUUACUCAAUGCAACUCUUGUUCUUCCAAAAUUUUUGUACAGUAGCGUCUGGAGAGAUGUGAGUCAAUUCGGCGAUAUCUAUCAGGAGGAGCAUUUUAUCAACUACUUGAGGCUUGAUAUUCGGAUAGUAAAGGAGCUUCCUUUAGAGCUACAGUCAUUAGAUCUGGAGGCAAUUGGUAGUGUGGUGACAGAUGUAGACAUUGUGAAAGAGGCAAAACCAAGUUUUUACUUGAAAUACAUUCUUCCUAUCUUGCAUCUAAAUAGAGUCAUCCACUUUGUUGGAUUUGGGAAUCGCCUGGCGUCUGACCCUAUACCGUUUCAGUUGCAGAGACUCCGAUGCAGAUGUAAUUUUCAUGCACUGCGAUUUGUUCCCAACAUACAAGAAACCGGUGCUUUACUUAUUCAGAGAAUGCGUCAGAAUGCAACACACUCAGGACUACUGGAUCAUUACCUCGUUGGUCCAUUUGCAGACUCAAAGAUGAAACAUGAAAGAAGUCGUGCUGGAAAAGCUUCCAGAUACUUAGCUCUACACUUGAGGUUUGAAAUUGAUAUGGUUGCUCAUUCUCUGUGUGACUUUGGUGGGGGAGAAGAAGAAAGACAAGAACUGGAAGCAUAUCGUAAAAUCCAUUUUCCUGCAUUGAUGGAGCUAAAGAAAACCACAAAGUUACCCUCUUCAGCAGCUCUUAAGUCAGAAGGCUUAUGUCCAUUAAUGCCUGAAGAAACAGUGCUUAUGCUUGCCGCUUUGGGUUUUAAUCGUAAGACACGCAUAUUCCUGGCAGGUGCACAUAUUUAUGGAGGAAAGUCAAGAUUAGCUGCCUUGACUAACUUGUUUCCUAAUUUGAUUACCAAGGAGAGCUUGCUUUCCUCUCAUGAAAUUGAACCAUUCAUGAAUUUCUCAUCUCAGUUAGCAGCACUGGACUUCAUAGGCUGCACAGCUGCUAAUGUGUUUGCCAUGACGGACUCUGGGAGUCAAUUGUCAUCUUUGGUGUCUGGUUACCGGAUAUACUAUGGCGGGGGCAAGAUGCCAACAAUACGACCAAACAAACGCAGACUUGCAGACAUCUUUUUAAAAAACGACACGAUAGAGUGGAAGGUGUUUGAAAAAAGAGUGAGGAAGGCAGUAAGACAAACGAAACGGGUCUUUUCACGGCCCACUGGAAGGAGCGUAUACAGGUAUCCACGGUGCGAUGAGUGCAUGUUCAAUGCAACUGAGUCUGUGGCUGGCAAGGGUUCAUAAAUUCCACUUGUAUUUUGAAUUUUUUUUUUCUCAGAAGGGUCAUUAUACUUUUACAUUUUGAGUAUCAUUGUUUUAUCGAGCGCUUUGCCAAUUAAAUGUGGCAUUCAUUGGUUCGUUUAUGUUGUACAUGACUCCUGAUAUAGGACUAAUUGGGAGAAAUGAGUUAAUAAUUUUUGUUGCGAUAUAGAAAAUGAAG